GAAGAAAAAAAAAACAAGAUAAACAAAGAUAAGCCAUCGACUCCGCACCACUUUCGCCCUCGUUUCAGUGCCUCAACUAACCUUUUUACACCUCUCUUUAAUCACCUCAAUUAUUUUACAAAUUUCAAUUUCUCCCCACAAAAUUUUCAUUUCUUCUGUUUUGUUUGGUUCAAUUCUUGAAAAUUUAGAAGAAAAAUAAUGGAGUAUUGCACGGUAGCCAGAGCUUUGAAAUCAAGCUUACGACGAGAACUUCCGGCGACGGCAGCUUCUAUGAUGAAAUCGAAUUUUACCCAGCAGUCUCUUUUCGAUGAUAUUAUGUUUAAUAACUCGAGUAACGCCGCCGUGGAGGAUUUUUCCGUUGAUUGUUUCUUUGACUUUUCUAACGGCGGAGAAUUCAAAGAACAUAUUCACGAACAGGAAGAACAAGAACAUAUGAUUGAAGAUGAAGAUGAUGAAGAAGAAGAAGAGAAAGAUUCUGAUUCGGGUUCGUCUCAGGAUCAUGAUCAUGAUAAUAACUCGAAUAAUUCUUGUAAUUUUGAUGAUUCUUUUCUCUCCGGUGAACUUGCCGUGCCGAUUGAUGAUUUGGCGGAGCUUGAAUGGGUGUCUCAAAUUGUUGACGAUUCUUCAUCGGAAUUUUCUCUUUUGCACCCGUUGAAUUCGGAGAAUUUCCAUGCAAGAACCACGUUUGAAAUUGAACAUAAUGAACCCAAUCCGGUUUUUUUAAGCAAACCCUCUUCGUGUCUUUUUCCAGCCAAAAUUCCGUCCAAACCGAGGUCUAAGCGAACCAGACCGACCCGCCGGACAUGGUCAGUUGAGUCUCUGCUUACAGACUCGUCGUCAUCAUGUUCAUAUUCGUCUUCUCCGGUGUCUUCGUCAGCUUCAACGCCUUCUCUUGUUACGGUUCAAACCCUUGAGUCGUUACCUGGUUUUUUCCAACCACCAUUGAAAAAACCAAAGAAAAAACCUGCGGCUCAAACCGGUGGAGUCACGGGUUUGAUCCAGUUUCAGCGGCGGUGUAGUCAUUGCCAGGUUCAAAAGACCCCUCAAUGGAGAGCCGGUCCGCUCGGGGCUAAAACAUUAUGUAAUGCUUGCGGGGUUCGUUAUAAGUCCGGCCGGCUUUUCCCCGAGUAUAGACCGGCUUGUAGCCCGACUUUCUCCGGCAAGGUUCACUCGAAUAGUCAUAGGAAAGUGUUAGAAAUGAGGAAGAGGAAAGAGGUGGCCGGACCGGCUUCCGGGUUGAGCCAGAUGGUUCCUAGUUUUUGAAGAAUUAGGUUCAUGGAAUAGGUUUAAGCGAAUCGGUGAUCAAAUCCUGGCUAGGUUUGUUAGGGUCGGUUUGCAGGUUACAUGCUUUUGUAACGGAUUAUAAUAGGCAGGGAGGUAAUUUACAUGUUAAAUUGUUAUAGGGAGGUCCUGAUUUUAGUCUUUUUCUGUUAAUUUUAUUUAAUUAAAGUUGUUUAGGUUUUUGUAAGGUUCUUUUUGUUUUAUUACAUUUUAAUUUGUAGGGUUAAUUAAUGAGAGAAAAACUUUAGAUGUCUA